AUGGGUGCCACUCAGAGCGCCGAUCAAACGAAUCCCGAAGUGGUCCGAAUUGAUCGCAGCGAGAUUCCGGAAGAAUACAAGACGGUUGGCGUUUCAAGCGAUGUCGUCAAACGCGUGCAGGCCACCAAAACGUCGGGUGGCGACAAUUCGGAAGAAGCUGAACGCCUCAGAGCUGAAUUGAAUCGCGAGCGAGAGGAAAAAGCGCGACUCCGCGAGGAAAUGGCCAGACUUAGUCAACUUCAGCAAAGAAAAGAUUUUGGCGCAAGUGCACCAAUUGGCGGAAUCGGCUCCGAUUUGGAGGAUCGCAAACGUGUGUUCGAUGAGACCGUCGAACGCGUUCAGAAGCAAUUCUUCGCCUAUCAUCGCGAGAAUGUCUGUCAGGAUAAUGAGAAUGAAAUCAUCAAAUGCCUUCAAUCGAAUCCGGGACGCGUUUUGAAGUGCGCUCCGCUCACCGAGGCUUACGAGAAAUGCGUUGGAGAGUUUCGUCAACAGGUUCUCAAAGGAAAUUAA